AGAGAGAGAGAGACAGAGAGAAAGAGAGAGAGAAAAAAAGAAAAGAAAAGAAAAAAGAAAAGAAAAGAAAUGUAAAACUUGGGGAGGGAAGCGCCGGUCCCAACCUCAUGGACCCUAGAAGAGGCAAAGCUAGCAUUAGUUAGGAGUGGUCCCGCCUUCAAAGUGUUGGUCCCGAACUUCUGUCCUUUAGGGGUCUCGUGUGUCGCGCGCCGGCCACCCCGGGCAAGGCGGAGGUGGUCUCCUACGCAGGUCCCCCGGUGGCCCCAGAGCUCUCCGGGUGCCGACCCCCUCCCGCUCCGUCCCCGGCCUGCCCACCCGGUGGCCCGCCGACAGCCGCGGGGGUGGGGCCGGCCUCUGGGCGCCCGGGCCGGUCCGCGGAGCCCGGGUUGAGGUCGAGCGGCGGGUUGGAGGCGCGGAGGCCGCGGAGAGGACAGGGCAGGUGCGGCCUCAUCCGCUGCCCCCACAGCCUCCCGCGGAGUCAGGUGCGCGCAAGAGUCAGCAACGCGGGUGGUUCGCUGCUUUCCUACCUCCAUCCCGCGGCGAGACCUAGCGGCUUUUUAGCCAGAUCUGGGCACGCGUCCCCUGCGCUGUCGCCGCGCCUCCCCGUCCGGGUCGCGGGUCUGAGCCCCGCGCGCGCCGCGGAGAAACGAUCCGCCGCCGGGAGUCCGCGCGCAGUGGGGUCGGGAGCUUGCGGCCAGCGUGGGGGAGAGCCCCUCUCUCGGAGACUCUGGGACCGGGGAGGUUCUGGUCCCGCCCGCAGGGCGCCCUGACUUCUUGCGCUGGUGGCCGCUGCGCGCGCCCGGGGACUCCGCGGUUCCCAGCGACAGGUUACUCUGCUGCUUCGCGGCGCGUUAGACCGACGGGAGGCGUGCAGACGGAAAGGACCCGACAUACAGAAGCUACGUCGCUUUAAAACGUUUUUUUUUUUUUAAAGAUACAAUGAUACUUCGCUUCUUGAUGAAAGCACGCUUCUUGAUGAAAGCACGCAGACGCAAUUCUCUGUAUGCAUUUAAAAAAUGCAGAUAAUUCUGCACUGAUUGCAAAGGCGCUCUUUAUCGUGGUGACGGAAAUAGUCCUUAUCUCGUCCGGGGGUCACGACGACACGGAGGAAUUAAGUGGUAUGGUGUGUAAAUUGUUGAUCAGUUGAAAAAAAAAAAUCGGCACAUAAACGUGCACGCAUGCGAAAAGUUAUUCAGGAGCACUGCGCACCGCGCACGUAAGGGGGCCGAGCGGCGGGAGACGCGCGUCCGGACCGCUAAAGCGCGGCUCGGCGCAAUUCUUUCUGCGGAGGGCCCGGCGCGGCGGGGCGAGCGGGCGCGAGGGCGGCUGACGUCACCGGGGGCGGCUGACGUCACCGGGGGCGGGGCCGCGGCCGCCGACAAAAGGCGGCGGGCGACGCGAGCCGUCGCAGCUGCCGGGCACGGCCUCGCCAUGAGCGGCGGCAACGCGUCCGACGAACUCCGCGUCCUGUGUAGCCCCGACCCGCUGUUUCUGCAGCCGCUCUGGGACGGCCUGCGGGCCCGGGAGGCGCUCCUGCAGUCGCCCUUCUUCCCGGCCGUCUUCUCCAUCGGCACCUACCUGGGCUGCUGCCUGCCGUUCGUGCUGCUGGACGCGCUGUGCCCCUGGGUGCCCGCGCUGCGGCGCUACAAGAUCCACCCGGACUUCGCGCCGUCGGCGCGGCAGCUGCUGCCCUGCCUGGCGCAGACCCUCUACCAGCACGCCGUGUUCGUGUUCCCCGUGACGCUGCUGGACUGGGCCCGCGGCCCGGCCCCCGUGCCCCCCGAAGCCCCCGAGCUGCUGCAGCUGGCGCGCCACGUCGGCUGCUGCCUGCUGCUCUUCGACGCCGAGUUCUUCGCGUGGCACGUGCUGCACCACCGGGUGCCCUGGCUGUACCGCACGUUCCACAAGGUGCACCACCAGAACGCGGCGUCGUUCGCGCUGGCCACGCAGUACAUGAGCGUCUGGGAGCUGUUCUCCCUGGGCUUCUUCCACCUGCUGAACGUCACGCUGCUCGAGUGCCACCCGCUCACCGUGCUGGUUUUCCACGUGCUCAACAUCUGGCUGUCGGUGGAGGACCACUCGGGCUACGACUUCCCCUGGUCCACGCACAGACUCGUGCCCUUUGGCUGCUACGGCGGCGUGGAGCACCACGACCUGCACCACUCGCAGUUCAACUGCAACUUCGCCCCCUACUUCACGCACUGGGACAAGCUGCUGGGGACCUUCCGGUCCCCGCACGCCAAGUGAGGCGCGCGCCCCCCGGCGGGCGCGGCGGGGUGGGUGCCCCUCGCACCCGGGACUGCUGGGCGCUUCGCACUCGAAUCAGGACAGACACACCCGAGCCUUUGUGUUGUUCUGUUUUUGUAAGUAAUUUAUUACCUGAUGGAGAUUUGUGGGUAAAAUCUGAUGUAUUUUCACAGCCUGACCAAGUAAUUUAUAUCGUUUUUGCGUAUUGAGGAUUGUACUCGGAGUCUAAUUCUAGCUCACUAAAGUAGCGUUGGUUCCUGGAUAUGUAUAUAUGAGAUAUGUAUAUCACUGGUGUAUUUAAAUCAUCUCUAAAACGUUUGUUUGUAGGACAAGGACUUUCUUAUUUUUCAAAGUGUCACAGAAAUAGGCUAAAAGAACAUAUUUUUAUGGAAAAUGUGAACAGUGAAACAUUCCUGCUGGACAGUGAUCACAGUUAUUGUACUUUUCCCCAAUUUUUUCAUAUAACUGUAUAUUUAUAUUGAAUGAAAUGUUAUUUGUGCUUUAAAAGUGAAAAAAAAAAAAAACCCAACCUAAAUCAAACAAAUACUGGAUGCUGUUUUUCUGGCAUUUUGACUGAUAAAUACCAAAAUUGGAAGAGGGGGCUGGGGCAGGAGGUGUCCUUCAGAGUCUGCAUCAGCCAUAGAACGAGAGGAAUCUGGUGGGGGGUUUUUUGGGGGGAUUGUAGGAGAGACAGUGGGGAGAAGGGGUCAGUCUGUUUUGCUCUAGUAACUUCACAGCGCGGGGGGGGGGCACUAUUGUUCUGGAUGCUUUUCAGUUUUUCAGCUGAUUUCUACAUAACAAGCAAAUCAAAGAAUUACCUUCUAAAGUUUUAGAGAGAUUAACACUGUUCGACCAUUUGAUUAUUUGGAGGAGAGUGGUGCUGGGUGGGUGUGCCUUGCUUUGCAAAACUAGUGAGUGAGGUGUGUGCAUUAGAAGGGUGCAAAGGUACAGAAAGAGAUUCUGAGAAGCCCUCCUCUUCAGGAAGCCAUCUGGUGUAAAUGGCCAUCACACACAUAGCGUCUGAAAUUGGGGAUUUUUGCAUACUCCCUUUCCUUAAGUAAAGACCUGCAUGCAGAUUGCAUAUCCCUUUCUCAAAGAGAGAAAAAGGGAAAUUUGGCCCCAGGUCCCUGGUUCCUCAUCUGUAAAGGGAGAUGGCGUUCCAGAUGUUCUCACAGAUUACCGUGAGAUCACAGUGACAGUAAAUGUCCCUGUUACUGGCCACACACCUGUUACCCAUCAGUACCCGAAUUGGUUUCAUGUUAUCUUUGGAUCAGAGUUAAAUAGGGUAAAAUAAAACACCAAGGCAGUUUAGACAGAAAGGUCUAAAGAGUGGCAACUUUGUAUGUAGUUCUAGGCUCAUUAUGUAUGAACCAAGCUGUCUCCUUUAAAAGUGAAACGUUCUUCUCAAGACCCGGUAUCCAAAGCCUGCCGGAUGAGACCUCCUGAGAAGUAGGUUCAGGCUCUCCCAAUCUUUGGCAAGAUGAAAUCAGAAUGCCCGGAUGUUCUGCUGAUUUCCACCCCACUCCCAAUAUGUGCACUCUUUUGGUUUCUUCACCAAAGCUACCUCCUCUGUCCGCAGCAGAAGGUCCAUGCCGGGUCCCAAAGAUUAUAUUGAUAUAUGAAAGUGGGGUCGCCCCCGAUUUGCCUGCGCAUCUUGGAUCAGGACAGUGUAUCACAGCUCACUCAGAGGAUUUUUUAAACGUCUCGUGUCGCCUCACUGUAUAAGGGAAUGUUGCAUCUUGGGGAAACUUGUACCCACGGAAGUUAUUUGGGUUUAGAAACACUUUCCCUAAAUUGAUGUUUUAAUGCAUUGGAAGGUGAAGUAGGGGAGCGGAGAGGAUGAGCAGGUUUUCAGAUAGUUUGAGAGCCUAAUGAUAAUAAUCCUAGGGAAGUCGUUCACAUCUGCAUGGCCUUUUCGUGCAUCUCCCCACUGGUUCCUUACACUUCGAGGGAGAUAGGACGGUUGCUCUGAUUAUUGUGAUUACUCCCACCCCGUAUCGGGGAUGGAGAACUGGUACCUCCAUGGAGAACUGGUUCCCCACAGGGGAAGCGACGAAUGCCCGAUUAUAAAGCACGAGGAGCUAGAGCCAUUCCUUGAACUCUGCUCUUCUGAUGCCUGUGGUGCUCUCCACGGCUCCUGGGGAGACAGAAACCCUGCAACUCCACCAGAUGGUCUCUCUCUGCUAUUCCUCCUCGGCCACCUCCUCUCGAGCAGAAUUCCCCCGCCUGGCCCCCUGCUUCGCUUGGACAUCCCUGGAUUCAAAGCCAGGGAGAGCGGGCGAGGCCAGCCUAAACCGGACCUGAGUCAAGGGCUCUGUUUUCUGUACCCCCCACCACGUAUCAGCAAGAGCACACACAGGGCAGCAAGACUACCCUGAGGGGAGGCUUGACUCUGGGACUCACUAGCUGAGUGAUGGUGGACAGAUAACUUGACCUGUCUUUGCCUUGGCUUCCUCAUCUGUGAAAUGUGGAUCAUCACAGAGCCUGCCUCACGGGGCUUCUGGGUUAUCCCUGCGUGUGCAGGGGUAGGAGGGCUGGAGGUCACGGACCCUUGGUUUGCUGCCGGGGACGCUUCACGAUGUGAGCGCUGAGACGGCCGGGCAGGGACAGGGAUCUCCCGUCCACACACCUGAGCUCUCCCACCGCACAAGGGACCAAAUCAAGCAAGCCCAGGUUUUGAUCCUGCCUUUCCCUGGAAGCUGAUUCUCUUGACCUCCUUUCAAGGCUAAAAGACUUGGAAAGAGACAGAA